GCCAGCAAUGAAGCACUCCGUGCUCCAAACGCCGAGACGUGCUCAGAGCCCGGCGAGUCAUGGGGGGCGACCCAAGGAAACCCCUCCUCCUUCGAAGUACCGCCCUAAGAUCGUCCCGAAGCGCUUGAGCUGCGAUUUCUCCGCGGUUCCGGAGGAUAUCCUCUCCGAAUUCCACGAUCUGCUCGAGUCCUCGCCGGAGGAGAGUAUCACCGUCGUAGAUCCACCGGAGACGAGUCCGAUCUCGCUUCCUCUUCUGCUUUCAUCACCUAAACCAGAGGAGCACGGAUCACAAGAAUCCGUCGGGAUUGCCGUGAAUAAGGCAGCGGAGGAGCAGGAGGAGAUGCUGGAUCGGCUGCGAGGGGCUCUACUGGAGGUGAGGAAAUCGGCGGACGUGAGCGGCGGAUCGAAGAGGCUUCUGGGCAGUCUGGAGGAGAUGGCCAUAACAGAUGUGGGCGAUGAUCCGCGUCAGGAGAAUGGACAAAGGGAUUCGGCAGUCUGCGCGAAGGUACGGGUCGGGAUAGUCUGUUUCCUAAUUCUGCUGGCGGCGCUGAUGAACCUCUUGGCUAUCUCUACGGUGUUGAUCGGCGGCGGAGGACGGGAUCUCUCCGGCCUGCCUCACGUUGAAGGUAACUGCGUGCAUAAAGUGGCUGAUGAGAUUAUUAUGGACUUCACUGAUCAAAUUAAUCUAUUGGAAAACAAAUACCAGAAGGCGGUGAAAGAUCUGUACACACAAUUAACUCCAGUUCAACUAUUGCAUAUUGCUUGUCAUCCCAACAGACCAACAUUCCUCGACCAUGUUUUGAACAUCACCGACAAGUGGGUUGAGCUCCAUGGAGGCUGUGCAGCUUAUGAUGAUCCUGCUAUUGUUCUAGGUAUAGAAAGUAUAGAUGGAAAAAGCUAUAUGUUAAUUGGUCACCGGAAAGGCAGGAACACUAAGGAACAUAUUCAGCGUAACUUUGGAAUGCUGACUCCACAUGGCUACUGGAAAACCUUGCACAUGAUGAAGUAUGCGGACCACCAUGGAUUUCCCAUCAUCACAUUUAUUGACACACCUGGGGCAUUUUCUGAUCUUAGAUCUGAAGAACUUGGUCAGGGAAAAGCAAUUGCCUUCAAUUUAAGGGCCAUGUUUGGCGUAAAGAUUCCAAUUGUUACCGUUGUGAUUGGUGAAGGUGGAUCUGGUGGAGCUCUUGCUAUUGGCUGUGCAAAUAAGUUAUACAUGUUGGAGAAUUCUGUCUUUUAUGUUGCCAGCCCAGAAGCAUGUGCUGCAAUUUUGUGGAAGACCUCUCAAGAAGCUCCAAAGGAGCUUGGUGGAAUGGACAAGGAUAGUUUACUUAACAUGCAACAUAUGAAGUUCUGGGUACUUGGGGGAUUUGUGGAAGGUGAACAUGUGGAACCAGAGAUCAAACGUAACAUGAAAAAGAAGGAAGCUGAUGUUCCUCAAGUUACAGCUGACAUAUGUUAGGGAUGGAGGAGGAAGGAAACGAUAAAAAUAAAAUACUAUAAUGUAAUUAAAAAGAAUCUUUUUGAUCAA